UGAUCUUUGAAAGUUUGUUUGAAAAUGGCGGUGUUCGUGUUUUUUUUGUCACUGAAUUGAGAUGAUUGUUUCAGCGAUGUUACGUUAAUUGAUUGUAAAAUAUUUCUAAAAAUUAAUCGCGAUGGACUCGAAAAAAGUCCAAUUCAUACGUGUUAAUGGAGACACGUUGAAAACAGAAUUAACGGAGGAUGAAAAAAAAUUCAGAAAAACACAAUAUCCUGAUGAUAAAAGUUUUCUGAAAGUAAAGGAAAAGGUGAUCUGUACCUCAUGUGGGAAAAGUUUGAAGGAAAAGGUCUCGAGUAAAGACAUCCGCGUUCAUCCUGUACUCGAUGUCUUAUGGUGUAAAAAAUGUGAAGAAUUCUACAGCGAUGGUGAAUUCUCAGCUGAUGAAGACGGGAGCGAUAAAUAUUGUCGUUGGUGUGCUCAGGGUGGAAGUCUGUACUGUUGUAGUUAUUGUUCUGUGGCGUUUUGUGCGAAAUGUGUCAAACGAAAUUGCGACAAAAAAGUGUUGAAAGACAUUGAGGAUGAUGAGUGGAAAUGUUUCAUCUGCGUUUCUCGCCCAUUGUGGCCAUUACGAGCUAUAUGUGAUGCAGCUAAACGUUACGUAGAUUCGGGGUCUAAGAGUCGGAAAACUACUCGUGUGUCAAAAGCACCAUCCGAAGAUAGUACAGCCGAGUCAGAAGUAUCGAGUAAGCGCUCUAAACGAAAGCGGAAAAAUGAUACGGAAUCUACGGAAGAAGAAAAGUACAACGCUGAUUCUGAAGACACUACGUCUUUGGAAACGAAUAGAAGCAAGAGGAAACACGUGAGUAGCAGCGAUGAUAAUUCCAACGAGAAAAGAUCUAGCAGCCGACGAAAAAAAGUUGACAAAGAAGACGCCAAACCUAAACCUCAUGCUGACGAACCGAAGAAAGAAAAAUUUGAGGCAAUAAUAACGGAUGUUAUAAAUGAAUCGGCUAUUCUUAGGAAACUACUGUCGAAAAAGGAGGCUGCGUGGAAAAAGGAUUAUAUUAAUAGCGAUGUUACGGCACUCAGGGAAACCGCUCAACAAGCCGAGGAAGAAUUUUCGAAAUUCUUCUCCGACAUAGUAACCAGCGUAAAUUUAAUUGAAAAGUCGUUCAAGGAUAAAUGGAGCGUCCUUGAGAGUGAGUUGAAAAAGAGUGAAGAAAACAAGGACUUGAAAGAGAGUGAAGAAAACAAGGAGGCGAAAGAGAGUGAAGAAAACAAGGAAGUCGCUCCAGUCAAAGAAACCGAAUCAACGCCCGACGAGACCGAAGUGGGAAACAAAGACGUAGAUAUGGUGGACGUCUCCGCUGAGGAGCCAGAAAUCGCAGCGCAAGAAAAGCCAUCGCCGGUACCGUCGCCCCGUAAAUCAUCUAAUGUUUCGGUCAAUGGUACCAAUGAUGUAAGCUCGAUAUUUGACGACGAUAAUACCACCGAUGCCAACGACAAACCAGCCGAUAUGGAAAAAUCGAUGAAAUCCAUCAGCGAUUCUUUGGCUGUCAACGUGUCCUCGAUUAUCGAUUCGUUAGAUAGCGACGAAGAAAAUGAACUACGUAAUCAAAAUACCAGCUUGCCAGAAACCGAUCCUCUCGAUGUUGAACAAUCAAAACCUUCUAAUGGAACCGAAAAAGAUGUCCCGGUGGUAAUUAGCGAUAAAGACGACGACGAUGAGGUGACAGUCACCGAACCAGCUGAAAAAGUGGAUUCAACGUUGGACGAAGAUAAAGCUAAAAUGUCGCUGUUACUAUCAUCUUCAGAUGCUGCUACCACUGAUAAUGAAAAACCCAAACCAUCAGCCACGGAUUCUGAAUUAUCCGGCGUUAGUGUCCUACAUUCCGAUCAAGAUGAUCUUCAAAAAACGAAACUUAAGAAAAAGAAAACCAGAAAAGAAUUGAACAGCUUGGUAACGAAAGAAAUCAAAUCGCCCAAUGGUGAAGUAAAAAAUGAUGCUACCGAUGAUGAAAAAGAAAUAAAAAAAUUAGGUAAUUUAAAUGCGUUGAAAAAAAGAAAAUCUCGAAAUAGCUCAGAAAGCGAUAGUAAAGAAAAAGAAAAGGAAAACGUAGUUGAAGAAAAACCUGUGAAAAGUUCGUCUAAGAAAAAGAAAUCACAUAGGUCUUCGUUAGUUUCGUAUUUCGGGGAAGCUAGUGGUAAUGAUUCGGAUGCUUCGAAUAUAUCAUUCUCGAAAUUUAAUUCGGCUUUGGAGAAUAAAAACAAAGCAUUUUUAAAUGGUGAAGAAGAUUUAUCAAAGAAAAUGUUGCUGUUUUCGUCCGAUGAUGAGAAAAAAGAUGACAAAGAUUGCAAGGACGAAAUUGUAUCUAUCGAUUCGGACGAUGCAUCGUCAAAAUCCGCCGAGAAGAAAAAACUCGAAUUAGAUGAAAAAAAAUCAUCGUCAAAGAAGAGCGAAGCUGGCGAAGGAAGUUCAAAGAAAACGAAAGUUGAUGAAGAUUCUUCCGAAAAUGAAUUCCGAACGGAUUCCAUUAAAAAAGAAAAACCCAAGUGGCGUCGAGAUAGACUAUUGAGAGGAAAAUUGUCCGAAACCGAUACCAGUGAUGAAGAGAAAAUUAUUCAGCGUGAGAAAGAACGAAGGAAAAGAGAAGCUGAAAAAGAAGCGGAGAAAAGUGAUAAUUCGUCUGAUUCCGAAGAUAUCUUCAGAUCUAAUAAACAAACCAAGAAGUCAACUAAACGUCGCAAAGUCAAAGUUGAAUCGUCAGGAUCGGAAUUCGAAAUCAAAGAUGAGGAUAAAAGUGACGACAGCGACGAUUCUGUUCAAAUUGUAUCAGACAGAGAACUAACGCCGCCUCCAAAAAAUAAGAAGAAACGCAGGAGGAUCAAAAACCUUGAUAAUUCCGAUAAUACGGACGACGAAGACGACGAGAAAACUCCCGGGUCCGCGUCCAAAGGUCGUAAAAAUAUUAGAAAAAUGUUAAAAGAAGACGAUCUAGCUGAAAUCACUAAACGAACUGCGAAAGAAGAAGAAGAACGAAAAAGGCGUAUUGCUGAACGUCAAGCAAUGUUUAACGAAUCCUUCAAAAUUGAUGAAGAUAUCAACAAAGCACCCGAUAGACUGGUACUCGAUUUUGACCCGGAAACCAAAAAGGAACUGAUUGUCGUUCAUAAAGAUUUGGUUCGAAAAUUGAAGCCGCAUCAAGCAAAGGGUGUGAAAUUCAUGUGGGAUUCUUGUUUCGAAUCCGUAAAAAUGGCUGAAAAAAGUCCCGGCGGUGGUUGCAUUUUAGCUCAUUGUAUGGGUCUGGGUAAAACUUUACAGGUCAUAACUCUGGUCCAUACUGUAAUGCGAUAUCCUCAAUUGAAAGUGAACCGAGUAUUAGUUUUAUGUCCUCUUAGUACAGUUUUAAAUUGGGUGGCAGAAUUCGAAAUGUGGCUCCAAGAUGUAGAUUACGGAGAUGACAUCGAUGUCUAUCAUUUGAAAGCUAAUGCCAUGGCUGUCAGAGCAGAUAUGCUGAAUAAUUGGUUCAGGCGAGGCGGAGUUAUGAUUCUAGGAUACGAAAUGUUUCGUAAUUUAGUAAAACCAAAUAGUAAAGUGAGAAAGAAGUUGAGAGACUAUUUCUUUGAAAGCCUUCUUGAACCUGGUCCCGAUUUGGUUAUCUGUGAUGAAGGUCAUAUGUUGAAAAAUGAGCAAUCGGCGAUUUCUCAAGCCACCAUGAAAAUAGGAACUAAACGUCGUAUCGUUCUUACCGGAACUCCUUUGCAGAAUAAUCUUACCGAAUAUCAUUGUAUGGUUCAGUUCGUGAAGCAAAACUUACUCGGUGAUAAAAAAGAAUUCUUGAAUAGGUUUGCCAAUCCGAUUACCAAUGGCCAAUACCAGGAUUCCACUAGUCACGAUGUUCGAGUGAUGAAAAGAAGAGCUCACGUAUUGCAUAAAAUGUUAGACGGUGUCGUCCAGAGAUUCGAUUAUAACGUACUAACUCCAUUUUUACCGAGUAAACACGAAUUUGUGAUUUUGGUUUCAUUAUCUGAUCUCCAAGCGAAGCUUUAUGAAUACUACAUCGACCAUUUUUCAAAAAAAGUCAACCCCAUGUCAACCUUAUUUAAAGAUUAUCAAAUCAUGAGGCUGAUAUGGACUCAUCCUUACGCGAUGAAAUUGAGCGAAGAGAGAAAACGGAAAAUAAUGGAAAAGAAAAUGGAAAACGAUGAAGAUUCAGAAGGUUCGUUACGUGAUUUCGUGGUUCAUUCGGACGACAGUGAAAAAACUUCCGAUAGUGAUUCAGAAAAUUCUGUUGUAUCGAUAAGAAGCGACGAAUCUCACAAAUCCAAAUCGAAAGCCAAAGGUGGUCGAUUAACUAGAGGAAAAAAGAAAGAAAUGGGUAUAAACGACGAAGAACUUAUGUCGUUGGACAACGCUGGACCAGCAAAAGAAGAUAAUAUGGAAGAUGUGUGGUGGAAAAACAUGGUUACCGAAGAAGAAAUGAACGAUUAUCGAAUGGGUCCUAAACUUGUUUUACUUUUCGCAAUAAUUCAGCAAUGUGAAAAUAUCGGCGAUAAAAUAUUGGUAUUUAGUCAAUCUAUUCCAUCUCUGGAUAUGAUCGAGUAUUUCUUAGAAAAAUGGGAAGAAAUACAAGUUAACGAUAAUUCGGAAAAAUCCAGCGACCAGUACGGAACUUGGACAAAAGGUAUCGACUAUUUCCGUUUAGAUGGACAGACUUCUCCCGAGUUACGUACCGCAUACUGCAAUAGUUUUAAUAAAACCACCAAUUCGAGGGCGAGGUUAUUCCUAAUUUCCACCAGAGCCGGGGGUCUUGGAAUCAAUCUCACGGCCGCAAAUCGUGUGAUUAUUUUUGAUGCAUCGUGGAAUCCGUCUUACGAUGUGCAAAGUAUCUUCCGCAUUUAUAGAUUUGGUCAAAGUAAACCGUGUUACAUUUAUCGAUUUUUAUCGCAGGGCACCAUGGAAGAAAAGAUCUACGAAAGGCAAGUUACGAAAUUAUCCAUCUCAUGCCGAGUUGUCGACGAGCAACAAAUCGAUAGACAUUUCAAUAACGCUGACAUCGUUGCGUUAUACGAGUUUAAUAGGAAAACUCCCAGCGACGAUGAAAUUCCUAAGCUACCGAAGGAUCGUUUGAUGGCAGAAGUUUUAAAAGAAUAUAAGCACGCCAUAGUCGGUUAUCACGAACACGACUCAUUGCUGGAAAAUCAAAAAGAAGAAGAACUAACGGAAGAAGAGCGAAAACAAGCUUGGGAAGAUUACGAAAAUGAAAAGAAGGGCAUGAAUUUCCAGCUCCAACAACAGCAGCUUAAUCAACUAAAUAUGGGAAUACAGGGAAUGCUUCCAAACGGCAUGCCGGCUGAAAUAUCAUUUGAUCGGAAUACGAUCAUGGAUGCGUUGAAAAGAGAGCAUCCAAAUGUUAACGAAGGUCAACUGCAAGUAAUGCAUUCCAUGGUUGUCGAGAAACUAAAAAAACAUUACAUCGAUCAAAUAAGAUUGCGACAAAUGCAGCAAGCCCUCCAAAUGAAAGCUGCUCAAAGUCAAAGACAAGUUCCUCCAAAUAUGUUUGUGACACAGAAUCCUCCAAAUAUGUUUGUGGCGCAGAAUCCUCAGAUGCGAAAUUUAGAACAGCAAGCUAAAGAAAAACCUAAUCAACCUAAUAUGGCCGGAUCGUCAGCCCAAAAUUAAGCAGAACUGGUAAAAAGAAAGGAUGAAACCCCGGAUUAGUUUUUAAAAUUUUGUUUACGGUAUUCAAGAAAAGUGUUACUCGUUUUAGAUCGGUUUUAUAACUUUGUAAAUUGAUGCACUUCGUUGUUGAUUGGUUGAAAUUUUGGCUGUGAAGUUUUUUAAAAAAAUUUUAUUUGUACAUAGCUCUCUUUCCAGUUUCCGGUCAUGUUAACCAAUCAAAAAUUUAUAUGAAAUCCGCGUAAAAAUUGUUUUCCAAUUCUUUUUCAAGUUUAUUUCUUCCAAAACGCUUUGAGUCGUAUUAUUUUUUUUUUUUUUUUUGAAAUGAAUUAAUGAAUAAUAAUUAUUUUAAAAGGUGAUUUUUUUUUUACGUAUUGAUUGCAUUGUGUAUUUUGUGUUUUGGUAUAGUUUCUACUUAUGUGUUUUUGUUUGUUUUCUAAAAUUGAUACGCGGAUGUAUUUUGAUUGUUGAACUAUCAGUAGACAAUUAUAUUUAUUCGCAAUGCAGAUUUUUAAAGAUUAUUUAUCGAAUUUCUGGCAUUUAUCGUGAAAGAAAUUCUACGUUCCUUUGAAGCUACGAUUUUCAUUAAGUUUUUAUUUUGAUGUUUUACGUACGUACUUUUUUUUACAUGAUUAUUACUCCGUAUGAAAACUGUAGUUUUAGAUUUCGAUUCAUCUGUUAGUAAAAAUCGUUAUCAAAUAUACUCAUCUCAUUUA